AUCCCCUGGCGACGAAGACGAAGAAACCGCCAGGGGCGUGUGCACCUGCCAUUCCAUCGCACCGCUGGCGCUGUCGCACGUUCCCUCCCUUUGGUAGACUUGUGAGAACUUCUGUCCAUGUAGCCCGACGUCGCAGCUAGAUGUUCCUAGUGACGUCGCGGAGUCAUGCACAGCGCUGUCAUAAAACACAACAGAUCGAAAGAUCGUCCCAAAGAAGUUCUUGGUAUGGAUGACGGGGACCGGAAUGCUUCGUCGCCAGAUUCGUCACACUUAUCUGCUUCAGACAGCGCGCUGACGUCUGAUGAGUCUGGCCACAGUGAAAGCACAUCCAGGUACACCGGAGUACGUGAGGAGGGUAUGGAACAUGACAGUGAAUGCGAAGUUAUGAUUGAGCGUCGUCUAGCACCAGCGCCGGUACACAAUACCGCGCUGUGUGCUGCACACGGUCUCUCCUCUGCAGACGCAAUUCCUAUGCAGACGUCCUAUACCUCGUCGCCUUCUGUCGACGAAAACGUGCAAGAUGAUGCUUCAGGUACACCAGCGAUGGCAACUGGAGGUGCGUGCGAAAGUGGACCAGCAGAAGCUGAACACGUGUCGGCUGUUCCUGGGUUCUGGGAGCUACCACAUGAGGCAAUGGCAUCUAGCACAUUGGUGGCGCAGGGGGAGAGACUAUUAGAAAGAUUUGUAGCCGAGAGAGCAUCUCAGCACGACCAUGACGAGCUGGCACAAGGCGCAAUAAUUCCGGCUUUAAACAGCUUAGAGGAAGACCUUAAGCUGGGACCCAUGUAUAUCGGUGGAGGGGGAGAACAGAUAUUACCUGACAAGACAGCAGGCAUUGAUGCUUUGAAAGGUGACACUGUUGGUAACGUUGCUGAUUGCUUACAUAUGUAUCCAGUCUACGAGACGCACCCUUCCUGGCCAGACGCGGAGCUGGAUUACGCCGAUUCAUUCGCGGUCGCCGAAAACAAAAUUGCUGCGACAAACAAGAAAUUAAAUGCGAUUGGGAGAGAAACCGCCGAGUCUGACGAGUAUUUCGAUUACGACGUCCAACGGACGUCACGUAGUCCCCGAAGUGCUCGCCCAACCAAGAAGAAACACAAAAGUCCAUCCUCCAAGCAAAGCGGGAAAGGCCAGCCGAGCCCACAGGUUGUCGACAUGGUUAAAGACGCCGUCGAUAGCCUUAUGGAAGAGUUCCAACUGGAAAACGAGUCAGACCUUGAAAGGGAGCAUCCUCCGGUUGGCUAUGAUUCUCCUCCACCACGAAUAAAAGUCAUACGCACGUCGAUAGAAGACCUAGACAACGUUGAGACCAUCUGCAGCCUCUUGGAAUCUCUUACUGGAGACGUGAAGGGCGACAUUGACCCGUCAAAGAUCCAGCCCAUAGUGCUUGAAGCAAGUUAUUUUGAUGAAACUGAAGACGACGCUGAAAAACGAUCGCCCAAGCGGAAGAAGUGCUCGAAGAAGGCGAAAUCAAAUUCGCUAGAACUGGUGCACAUAUCGCGUAAAAAGAAAAAGGGAUCGUGCAACAAGGCCUCCAGGUCAAGCCGAAAGAAUGAACACGACGACGUAGAAAUGGAAGAAGUGACGCUGACAGAGGUAUCCGAAGGCGAUGAUGGCGAUGAAAGUAAAAACAAAAAGGUGCGUUUCUUUACAAAUCUCGUCUUGAGGCGGAAGAAAAUGCCUUCAGGGGUGACACUUUCUGCAAAGGACGGUAAAGGGAUGCCCGUCGUGAAGAAAGCUGGAUCGUCAAGCGGGAAAGGAAAGUGCGCGGCUAGUGAUGAAAGCAGAAGUAGUACGGCUAGCAGAGGGAGUAUGGACAGCUGGAGAAGUAGGCGUAGUGCGGGUAGUGCUGGAAGCACGGCCAUUAAGGUAGUACGAAAACUUAUUCAAGCCGAACAAGCGAGUAAAGGAAAAAAGAAAACUGACGCUAAAAAACAAGAGCGGAAGAAAGGGGUAAAUGACGCGAGUGGAAAGGUGGUAAACGUAACACCAGGCGAGGAAGGACAAGAAACGAAGGGAACGCGGAAGGAGUGCAGCAAGAAGAAAAGAGGAACCAACAAGACACCAAAGGCAAAGAAAAAGGGCGAUGAUGAAGAGGAAGGCAUCAGGAUCAAGCGUGACAGCGGCGGAGGAAUUCGCCUUAUACUUCCCCGUACGGCGUCCGUGAAUAUUGACAGUACCGGAAGUCAUGAGCGUAGAGAACGGCAGCUCUGUGACAAGUGUUCGGAAGAGGCCGUGGCAAAGAAACGCACGCAGUCUUCAGACAGAACCAAAGAGGCUGGAGAGAAGCAAAAACGCGAUAGUUCGCUUCAUCAGGGAGACGUUGCGUCAUACAUACAUCGGCAGUUUUCGUUCGAACGAAGAGCAUCACCCACUCCCCGUGAUACUGGGUGCAGCGGAAAGGACGCCGAUAUCAUAGAAAUGUUCGAGUCGCUUUAUGGUCGGCAGCGUGGUAGUCCCAAUGGCCGAAGAGGAACCGAGGUGAACCGUUCGCGAGGUUCAUCGUUCGACCAAAGAGACUCCGCUGAGAUCCGUUCACAGGAUUCAUGCUACGGCCAGAGGGAAAGUUUCGGAUUCCACACAAGAGAUAUUUCUCACGAUCGAGUGGUCGCAGAUGGAUCUGAUCUGCAAGACACGCACGAACGAAGGAAAUGGGACACCGUCAAGACAUCCCGCGAGCAGGAGGAAUCUGAACCUCUAUAUAGGUCACGAUCGCCACCAUCACGCCAUGGGCUAGGACAGCUCGAAGAAGUUGAAAUCGAACUAUAUAACAGCAGAAAGCCAUCACGUGACCGCAAGUUAGACAUGAAAGGACAAAAGCAGAUUCGCUCAGAUCAUAGAGGCAGGCCCGUGUCCACUAUUUCUCCACCUCCUGUACCACCUCCUCCUCCGCUUACACCACCGCCGCCACCCGCGUACCGGCGAGACCUCGUAGAUUUCACUCUCAGGACACUUCCUUCACCUUUACCUUCUGAAGUACCACCUCCUCCUGUACCACCACCUCCUCCUUCAGUUCCACCGCCUGACUGGAGUUCCAGCCAGGUUGACCUGGGACAACAAUCUCGACCACAGACAAAGCGAAAGAAACACAAGGAAGUUCAUGUUCGCAGGGCAAAACAAACCUCGCCUCCACGAGGCGAGCCUCAAAGCGCUGAGAUCCUCUACAGAUCGAGGGCAAAAGCAACUUCAAAGGAAUACAAGAGACCAGAGGAGAUGAGAUCAAGGAACGCGACUUCUUCGCCUGGCAGCCCCAGGGGUAAAUGUGACAUUAAAUCAAGGUCGCCAGCACGUGCUUACGUCACCGAGAGCAACAUGGGCAUUAGAACGAAAGGUGCUGAAGAUUAUAAAAAAGAGAUUGAAGUAGAUGUACGCAAAAGAAGAGCACCACGGGACAGCGGCAAAGAUUUUAGGUCAAGAAAACCUCAGCAAGAAUGCAUAAGGGUUAGUGAUACUAACAUCAUGUCAAGCCAACGACAAUCACAGCGCAGCAGACAGGAAGAAGGCAACCGGCGGCAGUACACACCGGAUGGUCAGCAGGAGGACGACAGAGAAAGAAGGGGACUGUCACGAAAUCGGAGAGAAGGGACACCGGAACUAAAAGUGGAAACGCGUUAUGAACGCAGGAGGGAGAUAUCUAGAGGAGAUGAUUAUGUAGAAGGCCACACUACCAGCCCUGGCGACGAUGGAAGAUUACGCCAACCAGGCCGCUCAACUGACAAUAGCGCAGACUCAUUGAGGGGAAGGUCACCAUCACCCUCUCCAUGGUCAACACAGGGAGGGCCGUUCAAGCCUCACCCUUCCAGUGAAUACGAAGCCGGCGACACUCACAAGCUUGGAGGAUCCCCUUCACGUGAAUCGUGGUCUAGUUCUAGCGAUCGAUCCAGAAAGCGAGAUUUACCUCGUGACCAACGAAAAGACUUAACGCGCAGUACCAGAAGAAGUGAAGUUCCCGCCGCUGAAUGGGGACGCAUGGAAAGCACACGCGAGGAAAUUGACACAUAUCGCAGUCCAAAGAGGGGGACGGGAGGUGCUGCUUGGAGGAGAAUAACUUCGCCGAGUAAAGAAUGGCAUGCGGGAAACCGUAAGGAUGUUCGGGGCAAUCGCUCUCCUCGUCGAAGCCCCUCUGUUAUUACUUCAAGGUCGGACAUUGAGGGUACUUCGUAUACAGGGUACACAACACAGACGGGCUACUCUGCUGAGGCAGGUUACAGAACCGCAACGUCCCACGUGGAAUCUGCAACGAAUAUCUCUCGAGUAAUGAGCCCCGGGAGUGGAUCCCAAAGUCCUAUCAGCUCCAACGUGGAUGUUCGAAAGCGGACUGCUCACCACCGCGGUCGCUCUCGGGGUUCCCCAACCGCAAAACCACCAAACGUCGGGCGAAGUGCGAAAGUGGGUGCGCAAGGCAUUGACUUGCAAAUAUUUCCUGAAGAAGGAUUGCCUUCCAAGAUUGUUCUUGAGCGUGAGGAUCACGACAAAAAGCAAACGUUCGUAGUGAAGACAUCCAAAACUGAUGUAAAAGAUGGUGGGUCGUCCGAAGACGUUACGCGGGUAACCGUAAAUGAAGUGAAAAAGGCCAAGGACAAAACUAAAGCCCCAAAGAAGAAAGAAGCGCAGAAGAAGGGCUCCGGCAGUUCCUCUCCGUUGCAAUACGAUGGCGCCAAGCCAAAGGGCGAAGUUGACUCAAUUUUUAAAGAGUGCGCCAUAGGUCCUCGGAUAAACGUGUGGCAUGUACCCCCUGGAGAAAUGCAGAAGCACCUGGAAACUGUGCAGCCUGCCCUUUCAGAUAUCAAGCGCUCUAGGUCGGGAUCACGGGCCUCAGAGUCCAAACGAUCAGGUUCUAGACGUUCCGAAAGUUCCCAUUCUAAAAGAAGAACUUGCCGCAGAGAGUUGAGACGGCGUAGGGCUUUAGAGACGCGUCCCGUGGCGGAGUCUCCAACCGUGGGUUAUGAAACCAUCCAAGGUCCUAUCUAUGAGACGGACGGGGCACAUUACCGGAUUGAGCCAUGCGUGGAGAUGAGACAUAGAAAAACUGGUCAUUCAUUGUCCAUGGAGCAAUUUAACGGACGUGAACCAGCCUCGUCAGCUUUAACGGGAGAACAGAAGCAAGACCCUUAUACUUCUACGCGAAGGAGACGUUCGUCGAGAACAGAAAUAAAACGUUUUGCAAGUACAGAGGACCAAUUUGGAUUGCCAACCAUAGGAUUGGACACAUUCCGCCAACAAGACGUAAUAUCGGGUGUACCUGUUCCUCGCGAAAUGGCCCCAUCAAUUGAUCCUGCGUUUCCUCAACCAUGGGCAGAAGGCAUGCAAGGAAUGCCUGUACAACAAACCAUUAUAGUACCUGGAAGCAGGGGACCACCGAUCUUGACACAGUCGCUAGGGCAAAGUCAGAUCAGGCCCAUUUCUCUCGAUGCUAUGAAAAGUGGUCAGACGUUUCUACUGCAGUCGCAAGGGGGAGGACAAACUAUCUUAACGCAGAUGCUUGGUCCACGGAUGCCAAAUCCGCAGGGGAAUGUAAACCUGCAGGCGCAGCAACCAGGAUUAGUGGGCAGUCAUUCAGCCACGAGGAUAACGUUAACCCAUGGAGGUGGCCCGCAUUCAGUGCUUCCACGACAAACUGCGCCUCCGCAGUCUUCACUUCUCUCUCCAGGACCCACGCACACCAUCCUCAUUCAGCCGGGAUCACCACCAGCAGAACCGCAGCAGUUCAAUCUCUUUCAACAGGACCCAAAACAGCAAGAAAGAAUAACCAUGUUCAAGCGCAGCAUGCGGUACACAUUUCCUUCGCCACCAAUGUCUCCUCCUCCCAUGGGACCAAGAUUCAUUGCUCAAGCCGCUUUGACUGGGAGCGGUGCGCAAUCUGUGCGGCCGUCCCAUCACCACUACCAUCCGUUCGGACCACCACAUUGGCAUCAGCCGGCGUUCGCGUACAGACGUUCCCACGGUCCUCAAGGAAUGAGAAGUGGCUUCAUGGCCGAAGAGCCGACGAGGCGAUCUCCACGAAAUGCGUUCUCGCAACCGGCCAUUCACAGACCUGUUGGUACACCGUUCACUUCCCAUUCAUUCAUGACUGCAUGCGAGAGUACACAGGCACCCCAGAACGAGUUAUUAGCAGGCAGUGAGGCCGCCGCCACCACGCUGGCCUCCACGUCGGCUCCUGCUCUGGACCUAGGGAAUUCCGUGAGUGCUUCCUGUCAUUACUCUCAGCCUUCUGGAUCUGGUGAGAAUGCGUACUCUCUCACGAUCUCCACUGAGUCGCCCUCACAAUCGGAUGAUCUCGACAUCUGGGACAGAAGCAAACAGAGGUCCAUCGACCCGAUACUUCCGGAAGCGGUGCGCAACAGUAGAACACAUCCUAAAGGUCUCAGGAGGUUUACUAACAAGGGACAGACUGCAGUUUACCUCACCCUGCUCGUAGUGGUCAUUGCGGGUCUCGCGGGUACCAUAAGUUUGUACAGCAAGAGGAGAUGGGCGCACGAGGAAGAGGAAGAGACCUUUGAAGGCGGUGAUGGCGCCAAGAUGUUUGGUCCUUGGCAGAAGUUUGACGACCAGGGGAAUGCCUCUCCAAAUGGUACCCGCUCAUGUGUCAGUUUACAGUGUAGUCCGGAAGCUCUAGCUUUGAUACAGUCUAUAGAUCGGUCAGUCAAUCCCUGUGACGACUUCUAUGGUCACGUGUGUUCAUCUCAGUGGAAAGCCAAGGGGUCCUACGCAUCUGCCGAUGGCAUCGCAAAGAAGGAAAUCCAGAGAGCCGUCGUAAAUUUCUUCAAAGAGAACAGUCCAGGCAGCGGUGAUAUCGCGACAUCAAAGCAAUUCUGGCAGGGCUGCGUCAACGUGGACGAGAUAGCUCACUUGGGAAACUCACCAUUCUUGGCCAUCCUCAAUAUGACAGGGCUCCGAAGGUGGCCGUAUGCAGUCGGUGACUAUGACCCUGAUGUCGCCGACGUGUGGAGGAAAGCUGGUAAAAUCAUAAGGCACAUGUCCUUAUCUCCUCUCUUGGAUGUAAGAGUAAUACCAUCUCUCCGUCGUUACAAGAGGGAAAUAGUUUUGAGCCGAGGGGAACACAUUCCUGCCGCCCAACGAAACCCCCAGAAAGACUUUGGCAGAGACGCCCUUGCAGCCGACGUUGUGAAAGCCUUUAGAACAGUCCAUCCGUCGGGGUCGUACGACGGUCAGAUAACUACAGAAGUAGUAGACUUCAUCUUCAAGUUGUCUAACAUAAGCGACGGUCAAGCAACAACACGAGACGGCCUCACGACAGUGAUUAAGCCAUUUAUCCACAACGCGUUCGGGGACGAAGAUACCUUACCUCCCAACGGCAGCGUCUACACCACGCAAAAUUCCAGAUUCGUCGAUGCAGUGGUUAGACUGGUUCAAACCACGUCUUCAAGAAUAACCUUGAACUAUCUGGGCUUCAGUGUGGUUCAUCAUGCGUUCCUCUUCUCUCCGAGCAGCGCCAAGGAGGUCCUUUCCCUUGGCAAGAAGACUUCCGCAGCUGUGGCACGUGAAUCCGAAUGUGUUCGCGCUCUUCUCAACGACGCUCUUCCUAAAGCGACCGCUGAACGUGUAGCCUAUGCUGCGGUUCAGAAGCACAUUGACCUCGCUGCACUGAGGGUGCUGGCAUCGGACCUAAAGAAGAGCGCCGUUAACCGAAUCUCAAAGUUGCAUUGGAUGGACACGGGGACCAGGGCCAGAGUUGCUCGCCAGUUACGAGAAACGGACAUUCGUUUUUUCUUCGAGAACGACACCGGAUCUGACAGUCUGGUACAAAGGCAUCCACCCGAGCGCGUUCCAGAAGUUCUGCCUGCGCAAGCGUUGCUGUCAUACCAACGUCUACGGGCUCACCGCUUCAAAUCAACAGUUGCGACGACUACAUCAGCAGGCGUCAACUACUUGGGUGGCAGUUUUACCCACGAGGAUUGCACGUACUACUCCGACCAGAAGGUUCUACUCCUGCCAUUGUCUGCACUUGACGUCAGGGCUUCUCCGACUCCCUUUUCGUUGCUCUUUCAAGUUCCUCGCUUUGGCGUCAAGGUUCUACGGUGUCUCCUUCGCGUUCUCUUUAGCGGGAGCGUUGACACUCCAGCACGAACGCAGUCGGCUGUCAGAGAGUCCUGGACUUUACCCGCGCGUCGCCACUACGAGAAAAUAAGGUCAUGCAUCGAUAAGCAAUACCUGAGGAUUAGGGACCCUGUUGAGAAUAAAUUAUCCAAUCGACAGGACCUCCUUACAGUGCUGAACGUUGUCGACAACGCAGUUGUUGGUCCCGAUAAGGAUAUCUAUGAAGCGUAUGCGUCCGCACUAAGGCAAUCCGGUUCAGUACAAGAUGCUGAGGCGCUGGAGGGCCUGACGUGGGCACAGCUAUUCUACGUGUCGUACGCCCAGGGCAUGUGCGAGGUUCUCGACCACGAUUACAACUUCAGAAGGGCAAAGCAGUAUCACGAGAGUCCCAACUGGGAGAGGGUGAACGUACCACUUGGAAACGACGAGCAGUUUCUGAAGGUGUUCAAGUGCGGUGGAAGCAGUGCCAUGAAUCGGGAACCGCGCUGCCGGAUAUGGGACUAGCGUGCUGCAGCGUUCGUUGACGAAAUUGCUACCAGUUAUAUAAUAAAUAUUGUCGAUAUACCGCA